UCUUCUCAUCCCUUCUCUCACCUUCACCACCCUCUUCUCUUCAGCCGCAUCUCUUCCUUCCCUAUAUUAACUCAAGGGGUUCAUCCCCCCUUGGACUUCUCCUCCUUCUCGACAUCUCCCUCCAUCCUCUCGCACCGACCACCAUCUCCCUCCUCGCCAUCCCCCCCCGCAAGAAGCGCAACCUACAACAGCAGUGAACGCCUCUCCCUCUCCCAUCAUUCCCCUCCAACUCCCUCAAGUUCACGAUGCUCAUCAGCUGUAGUAGUCAAUAACUAUCGGCGUCUUCGUCGUUAGACGCAGCUACGGCUACUACCUCAGGAUAUUCAGCUUCUCAGGCUUACUCCUACUUUGUCCAUUCCCCCUCUACAACCUCCCAUUCUCCGUGGAACAUACCCGCUCUGGGACCAUAUCCCAAAGCACCACCCCGGAUUUCUAUAGCCUAUACGUCAAGUGAAACGACGACCCCGAACCACGAUCAAGAAAUGUCACAGUCUGCCCUUUCCCCCCAUCACAGGUACCACCACCCGCCUAUGGCGGGUCUGCGUCCCUGCCUCAAGCCUGCUACUCCCUCCCCAGUCGCAUCAAUGCCUUCUUCUCCCUGCUCUACUCCCGGACUGCACCAGCGCGUCGUGCACUUUCCCGCUCCUGCAAAUCUGCAUCGCGUUCACCCAGCCCACAGCGGCCUGGAAUACGAUCGUACCCCUAUUGCGCCACCAUCCGAGUCCGAACGGGCCUGUGCAAUGCCCGCACGAGGCUGUCCAGGGAAGACCUACGAAUCUGCGGCGAUAGACGGUCGUUUUGUUCGCCCUUCAGCCUCUGCCCUCCAGGGAGCGCCACCUCCGCUCACCUUCUCUGGUUCCAGCAGCGAGGAGAGCGACGAGGCUUAUUCAUACAUGCAUGAACACGACCCGGUACCCGCAUACACCUUCAGCGCGUCUCCGCGUCCGCUCGAAAUGCAAUUCCUUCCCCAUGCGCCAUCCAAGCGCCGGUCCAACAGCCCCGCACGUACGGAAGAGGACCGCAGGAAGGAGUUACCGAAGAAGAGAGUUGCAUGCAAAGCCCCGGGUGCGCAGUGGUGUGAAUGGAACGCAGACGACGACGGUGGCUGCCUCGGUGGUUUCUAACGCGUCCCCUGUUUUGUCCUCAAAAUUGCUGGCGAAGGACCUUGCACGCGACCUUACGACAUCGACCCCCUUCCCGGCUCAUUGUUUGCUGUUGUUUGUUGUCCUGUCGGCGGCGGCUCUCUCCCUAUAUCAUAUUUCCCUCUCGUGGCUUCCCCGUUGCACUUUCAUCUGAACUCUCUGUAUCCCCAGCGUCAUGUCCCUCAUCGUUCACAUCCCACGCAUGCUAAGGACCACGGUCCUCAUUACCCGCGUGUGGAGCCCUUGCCCUUAGAGGUGCUCCAUACGCACCAGUCGCAUUCUUUCACCUAUGGCUGUAUAGCUCGAUAGUUGAACCAAUUAUAUCAGUUAC